AUGGGCCUCAUCAUCAUCUUCAUCUUGCUACUAUUUUUGCCCACAUAUAGUGCUUCGACGGGCGACGACAAGAAGAAUCCUCCAUAUCAUGAUUGCGCAGAUAAUAAUGGCUAUUCCUACAGCUCAGGUAGCACAUUUGAAGCAAAUCUUGAUUACACCUUCGCCACGCAACUCGCCGUUGAUACCGCCUUUGGAACCUACUCAAACUUCACCAACGGCACAGGCGCUGAUCCAUUAUACGCUCUUUACUACUGCAGAGGUGACAUUGAUGUCAACACAUGCUAUAAAUGCAUCAAGGAUGCAGUACAAGAAGUAGUAGAUAAAUGCAAAUUUAAGAAACAAGGGAUUGUUUGGUAUGAAUAUUGCACUUUACGUUAUGCCAACCACACCAUCUUCUCCCUAGACGAGGAAGAGCCUAAGCGACGGCACAAUAACAACACCAGUAGUUUGGUAAGCGACCCGGUCCUUGAACCACACCGUCAGCUCUUCAAUACUACUAUGUAUAAUCUCAUAAACGAGGCUGCUGCUUAUAAGAGUAAACAUCUUGGAUUUGCCGCAAAUGAAGCCAAUCUAUCCUUGUUCCUUACACUUCGCGGCCUUGCGCAGUGUAGUCCUUAUAUUAGUAGUAGCCUUUGCGAAAGAUGCCUAGAGAAUGCUCUUAGGCAGAUGAGACUAUGGUCCAACACCAUACUAUUUACGCCGAAUUGCAAUAUUGGGUUCGAGCUACAUGGAUCUCUUCCAGUACCACCUGCUCCACUUCCAUCCUCUAAUCCAGAUUCCCAACGAGGUAAUAUGCAACCUUAG